CAAUGGGAGAGGUCGAAUCGCGGGCACCAGGAAGUGAAGAGCAUCCGGCGGCGGUACAAGUUGUUGGCGCGGCGUUCGGGAUGGUUUGUAUCGUUUGUGAAGGUUGGUGGAAUCUGUGAGUAGGAGACAUGGCUCUGCUGCGACUCAGGAACACGAAGGGCCCAAACGCAGCUGAGAUAGAGAGGAAAAUCAAGAGAGGAAAUGCCCUGAGGCAGGGGUCUUCGUGGCGGGGGUCUCGCGGUCUGUUAGCCCUGCUUCUGGUUGUUACGUGUGGCUGUGCGGCGGCUACUUGGCUCUACGUGACCUCUUUGGACAGUGACAUCACAGAGAGUCUGGCCCGCCAGAGGGAAAUCAUCUCUCCUGAGCCCAGAGUCUACCUUGUCCCAUGCUCUGAAGACUACGACAACUACAAACGGUAUCCAGGAUGCACACCUCAGAAAUGUGGCCGAGCAGUUACAGACAGCGCGGUGACGAGGGAGGAGGCUCAGGUCCUCCGGAGGUUGGCGGAGAGGGCGCUGGCACUGGCGGGGUCCGAGGGAGGAGCUUCCAUCCUGGACCUGCACUCCGGAGCGCUGUCGAUGGGAAAGCAGUUCGUCAACAUAUACAGGUAUUUUGGAGAUCAGAUCAGGGACGUCUUCACACAAGAGGAUUUUCAGCUUUACAGAGACGUCCGAGGGAGAAUCCAGGCCAUCGUUGCCAGGACGUUUGAUUUGGACCCAACUCUGCUAUACCUCACCAAGCCCACUUUCUUCUCCAGAAUCAACAGCACAGCAGCCAAGACCCAACAUGACGAGUACUGGCACCCACACAUCGAUAAGGUGACUUAUGGCUCUUUUGACUACACCUCUCUCCUCUACCUGUCUGACUAUGGCUCAGACUUCACUGGUGGAAGAUUUGUCUUCAUGGAUCAAAAUGCCAAUCGGACUGUGGAGCCACGGGCAGGACGAGUGUCUUUCUUCUCUUCUGGGUCGGAGAACCUCCACCGCGUGGAAAAGGUAACAUGGGGCACACGCUACGCCAUCACCGUGUCCUUCACCUGUGAUCCCGCUCACGCCAUUUCUGACCCGACCCUUCCCUGAAGCAUCCGUGGAUGAUUGGGGGGGCGUUGCUGUUCGGAUGAACCCUGCAACAGAGAGGAGCAGGAAGCGAAUGAGCAAAACAUCCAGAGAACUCCAGGGACUCUAUAUACCUGGACCCACAUCGAGCAAGAAUAAUUCAGUUGAAAUGGCAAAAUAAAAUGGAGUGAAAUCCAAUCUAGCAGCUGUGGUACCGGCGCACUAACGUUUCCAAUGAAUUAUAGGGGAGAUGGAGCAGCAGCAACCAGCUGUAGUUAAACUUUAGACCGUUAAAUGACCUCCGCUCCAUCAGCAGCCAGCCUUUGCUUUUGAAACGCUGCUAUUCCACAGGAAAAAAAGCUCAUCUGGACUUUCAGCUCCUGUUUGAGAGGCUGUAAUUAUCCCGAUCCAAAUGAGCAACGCGAAGUGUAAGGACACAAGCAUAGCUGCCGAUGUGAUUCCUGGUAAGGCUCAAAAUCUAGAAGCAAUUCUAAUGUCAACCUUUGCUACAUGGCUCACCCACAAAGUGUUUCUUCAAACUGAUAUUUUAUCUGAUGACUUUGGUGGCGAGCCUGUCCUCACUGCUGUCAUUUAGAAACCGACUGUUGCAACGCUGACUUUGACCCGUGUAACAGUAUGUUUGGGGUUGCUGUGUUGGUUAUUCUGUGUCCAUCUGCAAAGAUUUGUCUUUUUUUUUUUCCUUCUGAUACUAGAACCAACAGUUCUCAGGUGUCCGGCAUCUUUAUGGUCAUUCAGGAAAGCGGUGGUUUGACAAAAUGUUUUCUCUUUUUGAAAAAAUACACAAAUGCCAAACUCAGCCAGACAUGUUUCAGGUUCCUGACCUGGGAGGUAGUUUUAAAAAGCAGCAGAUGGAGAGUUUGUCGAAAGGGUCUUUUUGAUACAAGUCCAUGUGCCAAAGCCUAAUUUUAACUCGGAUGUAUUGUUUUUUUUAUGUAUUUUGUAGUUAUUAAACUUUAAGAUCUGA